AUGCCAAAAAGCUCAUCUGUUCAACUCCGUUUAAAGAAAUCACUUGCCAGAUUUAAGAGCAGAAUUGAGGAUGGUUCCUAUUAUGAAGCUCAACAAACGAUACGUGCCAUAACGAAUCGAUAUGUUUACGCUAAAAAUUAUGAUGCUGCAACAGAAUUAUUGUAUCAGAGCUCAAUGAUCUUAACAGAGUAUAAGAAAUAUGACGAGGCAUCAGAUUUAUUCCUUUACCUUUUAGAAGUGUUCACAAUGGAAGGGAAGCAAGGUCAAGAAUUUGAAAGAGACGAUUUGAUCAAAAUUGAGGACUUCUUGAAUGCGUUACCAGAUUCUGACUCCAAUAUCUCUAACUUGGCCAACGAAACAUUUAAGUUCGCUCGCAAACAAUGCCAGAAUGAGGUGGGAUUUCCUAGAUUGAACAAAUUGGUCGGUGAAAAGCUUUACUAUAGUGGAGAUGCAAAGACGAUCGAGCAGAGUCAGAAGUUUCUUGUCUUCAGUGAUGAUUUGUCAGAUGUUAGACUUCUAGCGGCUCUAUAUUACGACACAUACAAGAAUUCGGGAAAUCUCAAUAAUUUCGGUACAUAUUUGGCACAAAUUGCUACGCCCUAUCUUGCUGUGAGACAUGCAUCUUUUGCAAAGGAGGGACUUACCAUUUUGAUUAAGAAACUUGCUGUUGAUAUCGCCAAGAAUGUUGAAUUUACUCCCGUGAACGAGUGGUCGAUUUUGGAGCCACACACAGAAAACAACUCAGAAGAACUUGAUAACAACUGCAAGCUAGUGAACUUUUUGCAGCUGCUGGUGGAAACAUGCGAACAUGGGAGCUCAGGCAAUAAUGAGAAUUUUAAAGGAUUAUUCACGAGAUACAGACCUAUUUUAUUGCAAUUUGAAGGACUUAUAGACACGAUCAACGCAAUUGGCCAGCUUUACUUUAAUGUGACUGUUGAACAAAAGCAGAAUGACUUCCUUCGCAGUAUGAUGGGAAAUCUUUUAGGGGGAACACCUGCAAAUUAA